GACUGGGAGGAGAAGAGCCAGACAUGCAGCAGCCACUCACUCAUUCAGCCCAUUGUUUUCUCCACGCUCACAAUUUCUGCUGCACUUCUUUUGUGUGACGAGACUCUUCGGGAAAAGACGUUUUCCUGUGUUUUGGCGACGCUUGAAAUUCAUCAAUUUUUCUAACUUGCCUCCUGUGUUUUUGUAUCACACUCUGAUCCUGUCAUAACCACACUCUGGCUGCUGAGUGUUGGGAGUCGUGAAGAUUGCCGUUGUGCCUCUGCUGCCAGGUAUUUGGUGAAGAAAAAAAAGGGAGUUCUGUGUGAAAUUAGACUUUCAGUGGAGCUCUGAAGUGGGAGGAACCUCGGAGGAUGGUUUGACUCGGAGGAGAGAGCGAUCUUCUGUGGUGGAGCGGCAUCUUCUCUGCUGCAAAGAGGAAGAAGUUUAGAGGGAGGAGAAGGAAGAAGAAAACCCUCAAGUGUUGGAACUGAGAGCUCAAGACUUCACCGUCAUGGCGGGGAUGUAUGGAUGCUUUAAGGGCCGGAACAGCGACGGCGCUGCCAUGGCAUCGGGACCUCCAGACGUGACGACCAAUCAGGAGCCUGCUGAGGUCCAGGAAGAGUGCUCAGGAAAAAAGAAGUCCAAGUUCCAGACGUUUAAAAAGUUCUUCGCCAGGAAGAAGAGAAAGGAUCCGUCGGCCGCAGGAGCAGACGCAGCAGGACUUAAAGCCAGCCAGUCGAGCGACAAUGUCAGCAAGGCGUCGGAGAACAACACGCUCACUCGGUCGGAGAAGGAGAAGGGCUCUGGGUCAAAGAUCAGUCUGGGCAGCAAGGCCUUGUCACACGACUCUGUCUUUGUUUCGGACUCGUCGGAGGCCAACGAGGUUCUCGGGGCGUCUCAGGACAGCAUUCACGGGAAAGUGAAAUCACUGCAGCUGCAGUUGAAGCAGGCCAUCAAACUGGGCUCUCCUCCUUCUCUGAUGUGUGUGAAGAGGACUGAAGAUGCUGGAACCAUGUCCGAGGACGACGGCCUGCCCUGCAGUCCGCCUGAAUACACCACGCUUCACACAGUCAUGAAUCAGACUCAGAGGAACAGCUCCAUCAGUCUGGAGGGAAUAGACAGUGAUGACGACCAGCUGUCCUGUGCAGCCUCCAGCAGAGCAGUGAGCCCCCUGGUGGUUCCGGGAGACUUCAGCCAGCCGGCCAGUCCCUUCGUCUGUCUGGACAACUCCGCUGCCAAACACAAGCUGGGCCUCAGACACAAAGCCUGCAACAAGAGGAAGCCUGCCAGCCGGUUGGAGGGGAAACCAGAAGGAGACUCCGUGAUGGAGGAGACGUUGACCACCUCCAUACCAGAGACGGAAGCUUUGGAGGAGCGACAGCAAAGGAGGAUAGACGAUGUGAUUGUCGAUCAGCUGAAACCAAAAGUGGAAAGAGGAGACGACGAGGAGGAGGAAGAUGAUGAGGAGAAACAGAAACAGUUCAGAGAAUCCCUGUUGAGAGAUAAAGAGCAGAGGGAGGAGGAAGAGGACGAGUCGCCGGCAGAACAGGAAGUUUCUCACAGCCCGGACACUUCCUGUCCUCCUGAGCCGACUCUCUCAGAGGAGGAAGCCUCGGAGCCCCGGCCCUCCUCCAAGCCCAGCUCCAGGGCCUCCUCCGCCGACAGUCCCAGAGCCACACCAGAGCCCCCUGCUGCUCCCAGAGGGUACUCGCUGGACUCGCUGGACUCUCCAGGCCUCUCCGAUAAAGCCGAGGACAACAAGGAUGAAAGCUAUUCGGCAUCGGGAGGAGAAGAUGAUGACGACGGAGUUCACGAAACCAGGGAGGAGGAGAGCUCCUUCCUACAGGAGGUGCUGAGCUCCUUGAAGACUCCCCUCGUGUCUCUGGACGUGGAGACUGAAGGCGUCGUCGUGGAGAUGAAGGAGGAAGAAGAUGAGGAGAUGUCAGAGGAGGUGAAGGAGGAGGAGGAUGAGCCUGUCGGCCAUCAGGCUGCUCCAUCGACCUCCGUCCUGUCAGUUCAGACCACAGAAGAAGAAAAGGAGGCUGACACUCAAGAAGAAGAAGAAGAAGAAGAAGAAGUGGCUGCUGUCGAGGAAGAGGUGAAAGGUGGAGAGGAUGAAGAAGAGGAGGAGGAAGAUCUAGUUGUGGAGCAAUUCAAUCAACACGAUAAUGUCGAGGAAGGAGACAAAGAGGAGGCAGUGGAAGUCAAGUCCAAGGAAGAAGAAGAAGAAGAAGAAGAUGAUGAUGAUAUGCAUACAAGACAACCAAUCAGCCAGGCAGGAAAACAAGAAGAGGAAGGGAAGAGUGAGGAAGAGGAGAUAGAGCCGGAGAAGGAGCCAGAGGUGGAGGAGAAAAGGGAAGAUGACGACUAUGAGGAGGUGGAGAUGAAUGAAGGGAACGGGGUGGAGGAAGCAGAGGAAGCCAUGGAAGAAGAGAACGAAGAGGCAGAGGAGAUGCCUGAGAUGCUCUCUGAUGCACAGAAUGAAGAAGUGCGAAGUGCCACACCGGUGCAGGAGGAGGAUGAAGGUGUUGUGCUUGAAGAUGACGCCACAAAACCAAUAAUCGGUGAGGAGGAUGGCGACCCAACAGAGCCGUGUGAUCAAGAACUCGCGUUAGAGCAGGAAGAACAAGAAAACGUCAACCAAGACUCUGAAGAUGAGAGGGAGGAUGGAGAAGAAAGAGCCGAGGAGGACGUCCAGGUCCGCCUCAUGGAUCAGAAAUCAGAGCAAGAGGAAGAUGUGGAAGCAAAGCAGCUUGAUGUAGAUCAAACUGAAGAGGACAGAGAGCAGAAAGGUGGAGAAAUAAUCUCCCAUUUAGAGACGAAAGAGGUUGAGAAGCACCCAGCUGAAGAACAAGCUCCUGUUUCUUCCAAGCCGCCUUCUUUGUUUCUCCCAGAGUCACAUGAUGAGAGUCAUCCACAAGACAGCGGGGCCAUCAGUCCCAGCAAGACCAGCACCAUCCACAUCAAUCUGGUCUCUCCCAGCUCAGAGAAAUCCUCAUUUCAGCUGCCUCCGACUGCUGCACAUCCCAGUGAAAGUGUCGCUCAUGACUCCACAGAAGCAAACACUGCAUCUGUACAUGAAGAACCAUCCGACUCUGUGGAAGAACCAGACAAGCGGACCAUCCAGGAACCUGAAGCUGCAUCUCCUGCAUCUGUGGAGGAAACGGUCAACCAGCCGCCCUCCAGUUUGGAUCAGAGCAAAGUUCGCUUCACCAUCGCUCCGGCCUGGCAGAGAUCAAAAAGCCUCACGCCUCCUCCUUCCCCACCUGCCUCCGUCUCUUCGUCUUUUGCCCUCCCUGGACCCCAAAGUGAAGAGGUGGAACCUGCAGCUAAGGAGGAACCAGUCGUCAAACCAGAGCCAGCAAAUGAGCCGAAGGCUGAGAUGGUGUUGAGCCCCGGUAGAGUCAGGAAUACAGGAAGCGUCGCUGCCAAACCACAAAACAAUGCAACGCCGGUGCCGGUUAAACCUCAGGCCUCUGCUGCUGCAAACACAGAAGAGAGCUCUGUGGUCGUGGAGGGAAACCCCGACAAUCCGUUUGGAGUCCGGCUGAGGAAGACGUCAGCUCUGCUUCGCUUCAGCUCAGAGGAGGAAAACGCAGAGCCUUCGGUUGAAUCGCCGACUCAGCCAACCAGCUGUAAAGUCGAAUCACCACCAAUCAGCGUUAAGCCCUCCCUACCGCAGCCAAUCAGCAACAAGCCUGCCCUCCCUAAGAAACCAGACGUAACCGGAGACAGUGGAGCGAAACUGAAACGUGUCUCAGACCCAGCUGCAGGCCGGAGUGCUUCUGCUGGAUCCGAGUCUCCCAGCUGGAUUUCUGUGGCCAAACAGAAACAGAAGAUCUAUAAAGAGAACUCGCUGGAGGAGAUUGGUGUCAAGAAGGAGGAACAAGAGAGGAAGUCUUCGCUGCCGAUGUACGUCAGCUCAGCAGCCAGCAAAGAGCAAAGCAACAAAAGCGUUGAAUCCACAGCCAAAGUGAGUCCGUUGGAGUUCAGUAAACCGUCUGUAGAAAAAGACACCCGGAGGCCUCUGUCUCCUCCAGCUCCGGUGCCACCUCAGCCUUCAAAGUCCCAGCCGCCUCCGUGCCCUGUCGCCCCGAAGCCCCAGCUGCCCCCCACCGCAGCGAAACCUCCACCACAGCCUGCCCCGCCCCAAAGAUCAGCCCCAACCCCGGUCCCCGUUCUACCGAAAUCUCCUUCUUACACGAGCCCAACCCCGUUCUCCAAAGCCGCCUCCCCGUCUAAGACGUCUCCGGUCACCUCCCCUCCGUUUUCAUCCAGAACCUCCCCGGAAAAGUCUGCCACGAGAGCUCCGGGGCCUUCCGGACAGACGGCGUCCUCCCAGCGAGGCCUGCCGCCCUCGGCUCUGCCCCAGGACGAGCCCCCCUGGAUGGCGCUGGCCAAGAAGAAGGCCAAAGCCUGGAGCGAGAUGCCCCAGAUAGUCCAGUGACGGGCCAGGGGUUAGGUAAGGUCUGGUACACGGCCCCGAGUUGGCUCCAAGCAGGCCCAAGUGGGUCAGAUCUGAAAGGGUCUGAAUGGACCAGAAUGCAUUUGCACACAAAUUUCUUAUUCUCCUGCCUCCAGGCUUCUGAUUGGUGCAAAACGUCCAAUCACACAGCUGAAGACAGACUGUGUUUAAGUCCUUUCUUUAUGUUGUGCAGUAGGAUCCCGAGAGUUCAAGCGUCCUACUUGAAAGUGGAUCCGUGUUUUUUCAGCAGUCUUAGUAUGUUAACGGUGCCUGAAUGAGAGAAAAUAGCCUCACAGCAGUAAAAUAUUAACUUUUAUCUAACUCAGAUGAGUCCGCUCGAUAUCACAAACUUUUCAGGAAAGGGAAGAAGGAGACGUUAUUUUAUAGAAAGAUGGAAUAAAUCUUCUGGGUUUGAGAUUCAUUUGUUCUGUCUGCAGGAUGAAUGGAUGCUCUGUCUCUGCCAGUGCUUCUGUGUUUAUUUUAAGGCAGCAAUACGAGGAAUGUGGAAAAUCUUCACGGUCCGACGACUUAAAUGGGAAAACAUCGAAGAAAAAACGGGCAGAAGUGGCUGCUGCUGGUGUUGAGUUUUGGUCCAAAUCUCUGAUCCACUUUUCCCUCCGGCUUCUGCAUUUUACUUCCUGACUUGAUCUACAGACACUAAACUAAUAAUAUUUGUUGUGUUUAGCGAGUGCAGAGUGUCCCACAUGUUCCAGGCUGUCAGUGUAAAUUCUACUUUCAAUUUUUUCCUCUUUUGAUAUUUUGAAAACUACAAACGUCUCCAAAAAAAAGUCUGCUGCUGUUCAGGAAUCGAUAUCAUCAUCAUCAUCGUCACGUUCUUGUGUUUUUAAUACUUUUUCCAGCGCGUUGUCAUGUCGCAGAGCUUGUCGUGGAUCAUGAUUUGUAAAUGAAACAUAAAUCAGUAUAAAGAUUCUUAAUCACUUGGAGUUCAGGAUGCAAAGUAUCACUGCAGGAAAAAGAAGAGUCACGGCUUCCUCUGUAUCAGUUUAAUCUCUGUUUUACCGUAACUAAACAUGUAAACAUGCAUUUUGUUUUAUUUUGUAUUGCCUUUUUGAGAAUUUGUCUUGUACAUAAAAUGUGGAGUAAAGAACAAAUUAUAUCAG